AUGAGGCUACAAAAUCCUAAAAAGAAAAAUUCAAGACAUGAGUUAACCGUUGAAGAGCAGUACGGCGAGCCCGAGAAUUUCCUCGAAAUAGAGGUGAAAAAUCCACAAACACACCCAGCAGGGCGCAAUCAGUACACAGAUUACGAAAUAGUGUGCCGCACGAACAUUCCAGUAUUCAAAUUGAAAACGUCCUCGGUUCGCAGACGGUACAGUGAGUUUGAGUGGUUCCGCGAUAGGUUGGAGAGCGAGACAAAUAAGGUGAAUAUUCCGCCGUUGCCUGGAAAGGUGUUCACUAAUAGGUUUUCUGAGGAGGUCGUGGAGCAGAGGAGGGAGGGGCUCGAGCGGUUUCUGCAGAUUGUCGCUGGGCAUCCGUUGCUGCAGCAGGGGAGCCGCGUGCUGGUUGCGUUCAUCCAAGACCCGGACUUUAACAAGGCCAACUACGACUUGUAA